UGGUGGACUACAGCUUCUGUUAUGAAUAGGUUAAUACUAUUAUUAAGUAACUAGAUUCUGUUCUUCAGUUCUUUUUCAAUUGCUGUGUGCUGAAACUUCUAUAGAUGUCGUUUGACACACCUUUACGGAAGCCGCUGCAACCAGGGCAGAUCAGUCCUGUUAUAAGCAGCACACUUCGAUACAAAAAGUCUCUUUCAGCUUCACGUUUCCAGUGUGUGUGGGGAUUGUUGGAUGUCUUCAUUUUUUUCUUACUGCUUUUUGAAGUUAAAACACAAUAUCUUCAGCUGCAAUUUGUUGGAGAGAGCGAUGUGUUUCGUUAUUUUUUGAUUGGAAUUUGUGCAAGUUUUGCAGUGAGUGCUGUUGUAAAUUUUCUCCAAGCUAUACAAUCAGUGUCUGUACGUCAACCAAUUCUUUCUCCGAAACAAAAGCAACUUCUUGGAAUUAUGCAAGAUGGUACAUCAGAUUUCAAGACACAGCCUGAUGUACAGUCAGUUGGAUCUAUUCGACAACCAUUGAAUAUUUCUGCUCUGACUUCAUCGACUCCAACUCAACAACAACGUCCAUCACCAAUAUCUCAUUCACCUCAUCUGUCGCCUCUUACUUUGGGAAGACCAUUGAGCAACUCGCCUACAUCUAGUCCAAAUAUAUCUCAGAAUGCUGCUCAAAAGUUUUACAAGAGUCAAAAUGCAUCUUAUAUUGCUGCACAGCGUCGCUUCUCACCAAAUACUCAGGGUAGCCCAAUUACCAAUUUAGGUAUGAAUCUGGACGGAAGCAGUUACCAUGACUCGUCUGGAGGUGGGAGUCCUUUUUUGCGUCACAGAAGAUCACCAUAUAGGAAUUCACCAUUGUCUCCUGAUGAUUUUAUGGUUGAUCAAAAAACAUUGAAUAUGCAUUUGAGAUCACAUCAUCUUGAAAAAGAACAACAAAGACUUCAAAUGUUAUCUUUGGAAAAUUCAUUCAAUAGUUCAGCUGGAAAGUGGGGGUUCUCAAAGUCAAGUUUUAUGGAAACAAGUCAGGAGUUGUUAAAAAAUGUAUAUCAGAUGGCGACACCAUCGCCUAAGUCAACAACAUCUCGGAAAGAUGAUAAAGAUGCAGCAACAAAAUAUGCGGCAUUAGAGUAUUGGAAGAAGUAUGGAAUAACUGCAGAUGAUCUCUCUGAAUGGACAGCAAGAACUAGAAGAUGGAUUUCCGCUACAUUAUUACUGCAACUUGUUGCUGAAAUUCAAAAAAUAAACAGCAGUCUCAAAAAGCUUGGGUGUCCUGAGAUACAGGUCGGCGAGUCCAGUAUCUCCAGUUUAAAACAAAUAAUUGCAUCAAGAGGAGCUCAGAUUCCUAAUUUAAUUCGGCUUCUACCAUACUUGGAAGUUACAAGCAAUCAAGAAUAUCUUAUAUCUAGAUUGAAAAGGCUUGCAUCAGGUGGGUAUAUGAGCGAAUUCAAGUGGAAUUCUGGUGGUGAAGUCAAAGGUCGAAAGUGGGCUGAUGACAUGCCUACAGAUUGUGAGAUCAUAAUGCAUGUUUUUUGUGUAUACAUGGAUUCUCAUCUUCCUGCUGAUCCAAGAUUUCCAGAUGGGAAAACAUUCUCAUCAAAGUAUUUUGUCAGGGCCCCAGAUAAACCCAAACCAGUGACAGAUGAUGCAUUCAUAAUUCAUCAAAGUAAAAUAAAUCCGCCUGAUUUUCGAAUUAUUGGACAUGACUCCGAUUAUAAUGUUCCUCCUGGCAGAAACAACAUUUUUCAUGCUUUGUUAUUGUUUUUACAUGAUGUUAAAGAAAAGAAAGAUGGAAUGUUAGGACAAGUCAACUUAGGUGCUUCUGGCAUCAAUAUAUUAUGGAUUCUAGAAGACGAAUUUGAGAUAAAGAGAUAUUAGUUGAGAGUUCCAACAAUGGCAAAACAUUCGCGUCACAGAUGAUAAGGAUUACCAUUACUGUUUCUGAUCAUCGGUAUGAAGUCAUGCAGAGAAACUGUUUUAGGCACUUCGAUAAAAUGUUUGUUCUCGCUUGAUUAAGAAUGAAAUGGAAUUUUAUCAUAUGGUAAUAGUUCAUAGGUCAAUCAAAUGUACUCCACUGGUCUGAAAUCCUACUGAUUUUAAAAGUAAAAGCGGAAUUCAAUUUUAGGCUCGCGCAGUAUCGUCUUGCAGAAUUUUAGUAGGGUGGGCCAUUAAUAAAAUAGUCACCCAAAGAAUUUUUCUUUUGUGGUUGGAAAUAUCCGGAGUUGAGCCUUUUGCUGUUUAUGACGUGCUUUGGAGAAGUCUUUCACUAUCGCGAUCAAACUGAACGAAAAGCCAACCUUGAGACUGUUUGGCAAAAUACUGCGUACAUGCAGGCGCAAUUUUUUUUCACCUGUAAUAUGUUCGUUGCAAAUGAACCACUGCCAUUUUAAUAUGAUAUUUAUACUUUUCUACUGCUUUCUUCCAAAUAAAAUUCGUUACAAUCGUAAAA